UAGAGAGAGAGAGAGAGAGUCUGAGACCGUAGUUGCUCUGUCUCUUUCGUCCCCUUGAAGCUAUUUUUCUCUUUUCUAUUUUAUAAUAGUAUUUUCCUUUUCUAUAUAUUACAGCUAUACAAAGAGAGAAGCGAUUUUAGAGAGAGAGAGAGAAGGAGCUGUGCUGAGCAUAGCAUAGCAUUGUGUUUUUCUCUAAAGGGUCUUUGAGAUCAGCCUCAAUAGGCUGUCUUUGAGACCAGUCCCUUGUUGAUCUGUGAGAUUUGGCAUCUGGGUUUUGCUUCUCUUCUCUUCUACUUCUUCUCUGUCAUUUCAGAUUUCAUGCGUGAGAUCUGGUUAAGAUUUUGAUCAAUCUGGUUUUAGAACUCAAUUGGGUCUCUGUAAAGAUCAGUUUUUUUUUCAGUUUAGUUACAGAUCCAGGUCUUGAAAGUGAGAGCAUUUGGAGGCAUGCAUAGAUCUGGCUAAGUCUACUUGAGCUACCAAUUUGACCCAUAUAAGCAGGUGUGGCAAUGGAAUCAGAAGGAGAAACUGGGGGAAAGUCAAUGAAGAACCUUGGUGGUCAGGUCUGCCUGAUCUGUGGUGAUGGUGUUGGAAAGACUGUGGAUGGCAAGCCCUUUGUUGCUUGUGAUGUCUGCGAUUUCCCGGUUUGCAGGCCUUGCUACGAGUAUGAGCGAAAAGACGGGAAUCAGUCGUGUCCUCAAUGCAAAACCAGAUACAAGAGGCACAAAGGGAGUCCCGCUAUUCUCGGUGAUAAAGAAGAGGAUGUUGAUCUCGAUGAUGGUGGCAGUGAUUUCAAUUACACUUCAGAAAACCAGAACGAGAAGCAGAAGAUUGCAGAGCGAAUGUUGAGCUGGCAAAUGACAUACGGACGAGGAGAGGAUGUUACGGCUCCAAAUUAUGAUAAAGAGGUUUCUCACAACCACAUACCGUUGCUCACCAACGGUCAUGAGGUUUCUGGAGAACUGUCGGCUGCUUCACCCGAGCGGCUUUCUAUGGCAUCUCCUGGACAAGCUGGUGGGAAGCGUAUCCAUUCCUAUUCAUCCGAUGUUAAUCAAUCACCUAAUAUUAGAGUCGUGGAUCCUGUGAGGGAGUUCGGCUCACCUGGUAUAGGGAACGUGGCAUGGAAAGAGAGAGUGGAUGGUUGGAAGAUGAAGCAGGAGAAGAAUGUUGUUCCAAUGAGCACUGGUCAAGCUAACUCCGAAAGAGGAGGUGGAGAUAUCGAUGCAACCACUGACGUCCUCGUUGAUGAUACUUUAUUAAAUGAUGAAGCCAGGCAGCCUCUUUCGAGGAAGGUCUCUAUUCCUUCGUCAAGGAUAAAUCCUUAUAGGAUGGUUAUCGUUCUGCGGCUGAUUAUUCUUUGCAUUUUCUUGCACUAUCGGCUUACAAAUCCCGUGCCAAAUGCUUAUGCUCUGUGGUUAAUUUCUGUCAUUUGCGAGAUUUGGUUUGCAGUCUCCUGGAUUCUCGAUCAGUUUCCCAAAUGGCUUCCUGUGAACCGAGAAACUUAUCUCGACAGGCUUGCUUUAAGGUAUGACCGAGAAGGAGAACCAUCACAGUUGGCAGCUGUUGACAUCUUUGUCAGUACUGUCGACCCAUUGAAAGAGCCGCCACUUGUCACAGCCAACACUGUGCUAUCCAUUCUCGCUGUUGACUACCCAGUUGACAAGGUUUCCUGCUAUGUUUCUGAUGAUGGUGCUGCUAUGUUGUCAUUUGAAUCUCUAUCCGAAACUGCAGAAUUUGCAAGGAGAUGGGUUCCUUUCUGCAAGAAAUAUAAUAUCGAGCCUCGUGCCCCGGAAUGGUACUUCACUCAAAAGAUCGAUUACUUAAAAGAUAAGGUCCAACCAUCAUUUGUCAAGGAGCGUAGAGCUAUGAAGAGAGAAUAUGAAGAGUUUAAAGUCCGAGUCAACGGACUUGUUGCAAAGGCGCAGAAAGUUCCCGAAGAAGGAUGGAUUAUGCAAGACGGUACCCCAUGGCCUGGAAAUAACACCAGAGAUCACCCCGGAAUGAUCCAGGUUUUCUUGGGACAAAGUGGAGGACUUGAUUCCGAUGGCAAUGAGCUGCCACGUUUAGUCUAUGUUUCUCGUGAAAAGCGUCCGGGUUUUCAACAUCACAAGAAGGCUGGUGCUAUGAAUGCACUUGUUCGAGUUUCAGCCGUGCUCACUAAUGGACCGUUCUUGUUGAAUCUCGAUUGUGAUCAUUACAUUAACAACAGCAAGGCCUUGAGAGAAGCCAUGUGUUUCUUGAUGGAUCCCAACUUAGGAAAGAAUGUUUGUUACGUUCAGUUCCCACAGAGAUUCGAUGGUAUUGAUAGGAACGAUAGAUAUGCCAAUCGAAACACUGUCUUCUUCGAUAUUAACUUGAGAGGUUUGGAUGGAAUUCAAGGGCCCGUUUAUGUGGGUACUGGAUGUGUUUUCAACCGAACGGCCUUGUAUGGUUACGAACCGCCCGUUAAGCCUAAGCAUAAGAAGGUUGGCGUCCUAGGUUCACUAUGCGGUGGUUCGAGAAAGAAGGGUUCAAAAUCAAGUAAAAAGGGAUCUGACAAGAAAAAAUCUAAGAAUGCUGAUCCCACUGUGCCAAUCUUCAGUCUCGAAGAUAUCGAAGAGGGCGUGGAAGGUGCUGGAUUUGAUGACGAGAAGUCGUUGCUUAUGUCACAAAUGAGUCUCGAGAAAAGAUUUGGUCAGUCCGCUGUCUUUGUUGCCUCGACACUCAUGGAGAAUGGCGGUGUACCUCAGUCCGCUACCCCAGAAACUCUUCUUAAAGAGGCUAUUCAUGUUAUCAGUUGUGGUUACGAAGAUAAAACAGAUUGGGGAAACGAGAUUGGAUGGAUCUACGGUUCUGUCACAGAAGAUAUUCUUACAGGAUUCAAGAUGCACGCCCGUGGUUGGAGGUCGAUUUACUGCAUGCCUAAGCUUGCAGCCUUUAAAGGGUCUGCUCCUAUCAAUCUUUCCGAUCGUCUGAACCAAGUGCUUCGAUGGGCGCUGGGUUCAGUGGAAAUUCUUCUGAGUCGGCAUUGCCCUAUGUGGUAUGGCUACAGCGGUCGGCUCAAAUGGCUCGAACGUUUCGCCUAUGUCAACACCACCAUUUACCCAAUCACUUCCAUUCCUCUCCUCAUGUAUUGUACAUUGCCCGCCGUCUGUCUUCUCACAAAUAAGUUCAUCAUUCCCCAGAUUAGUAACCUCGCGAGUAUAUGGUUUAUCUCUCUCUUUCUUUCCAUCUUUGCAACUGGUAUCCUCGAGAUGAGAUGGAGCGGUGUGGGGAUCGACGAGUGGUGGAGAAACGAGCAGUUUUGGGUCAUCGGUGGUGUCUCGGCCCAUCUUUUCGCUGUCGUCCAAGGUCUUCUCAAAGUGCUUGCUGGUAUUGACACAAACUUCACUGUCACCUCAAAGGCAUCGGACGAAGAUGGAGAUUUCGCCGAGCUCUACUUGUUCAAAUGGACGACGCUGCUCAUCCCACCAACCACACUGCUCAUCAUCAACUUGGUGGGAGUUGUGGCCGGAAUCUCGUACGCCAUCAACAGCGGUUACCAAUCAUGGGGACCCUUGUUCGGAAAGCUGUUCUUCGCUUUCUGGGUGAUUGUCCAUCUCUAUCCCUUCCUCAAAGGUCUCAUGGGAAGACAGAACAGAACUCCCACCAUUGUUGUGGUUUGGUCUGUUCUACUUGCUUCCAUCUUCUCCUUGUUGUGGGUUCGGGUCGACCCGUUCACCACCAGAGUUACUGGUCCGGAUGUUGAGUUGUGUGGAAUCAACUGCUAGAGAUGAAAAAUUGAAUCUUUAUUAUUUUUAGAUUAUUUAUUGUUCUCAGAAAAAAAAAAAAACGAAACCAACAAAAGAGAAGCUAUAAAGCCAUAAUAUAUGCAAAUUUGUCUUUGCAAUUUAAUUUUUUUUUUUGGAGAUGUAAUAUGAUGUUUUGUCUUACUGAACUGAACUGGUUUGUUCUCCAUGUGAAUCUUAAAUCAUGUGCGGGUAAAAUAGUGGUUAAAAUCUUAAAGUUUUCAUUUUGUUGUAUGAUUUUUUUUCCUUCUAUUUUUUUGGAACAUUAUGGGAAAUGUGACUAGACUGAGCUACAUAAUUUAUAAUUUUUGUCUUUU